AAUGAGGAAGUGGGUUGUUGUUGUGGUUAGCUAGCUAGCUAGCUGCUGAGGCUACAACAAUUUAUCCACCAGUGUGUUAACUUACGACUAAUUUCAAGGUUUAGUCAGGCAAGGUGAGGGUGUAGUUCGUUGUUGACAGGGGUCACAUGAAUGUACUGCACCAGGAGGUCAAAGGACUGGGGUGGAAGGUUGAGGAGCGUGAACUGGCUGAGGGAAAGAAUUGUGGAGAUGGAGGUGUCAGGCUACCAGUCCAAGCUGCUGUGUGAGCUCAAUGAGCAGCGGAAGAGAGACUUCUUCUGUGACUGCAGUAUAGUCGUGGAGGGGCGUGUCUUCAAGGCCCAUCGCAACGUCCUAUUCGCCGGCAGCGGCUACUUCCGAGCCCUAUUGGUCCACUACCUACAGGACAGUGGUCAGCACCACAGUACAGCCUCUCUGGACAUCGUGACGGCCGAGGCCUUCUCCUCCAUCCUGGACUUCCUGUACUCGGGCCGACUGGACCUGCGCAGCGACAACGUCAUCGAGGUGAUGUCGGCGGCCAGCUACCUCCAGAUGACUGACGUGGUGUCCUUCUGUAAAGGCUACAUCCGCUCCUCUCUGGAGAUCUGUAACAGGGAGAAAGAGAAGGAGAGAGAUGGUCCGGCUGACAGUGGAACCCCAGCCAUGCCACCUCCCUCUUCCACCGCCUCUGUAGCUGUUCCUUCGUUGUCACUAGAGGGAGUUAGUCAUGUACGUUCAGAAUCCUCCCCUUCCACUGUCACAGACCCCCCAUCCUCGGCAGCAGCCCUCCCCAGGGUCCCCACGCCCCCCGGCCCUAGCAGAGACUCUGAGAGCGACUGCAGCUCCAGAGGGGAGUUCCCAUCUCAUAUUAUUGAGGGCCGGACCCCCCACGGACACGGAGACCAUGUGAUGAACCCUCUUUCCUCUGGGUUGACCCUAGAACUGGUGCGCCCCAAGAUCGAGUACGACCCCGAUGACGAGCCCGAGGAGGGGUCUCCCGAUACCAAAGACCUGGCGCUGUUUAUGGGACCCCCCCUCCACACCCACCACCCAGACCACCUCCAUGACAGGCUGGCGUCCCCCAGCAGCGAGCGCUCCUCCCUGGGCUUCGGGGGCUGCCACGCCAGGCAGUUCAUGGAUGUGCUGUUGAGAGGCGGCUCCAGUCCCCACAGGGACAGAGGGGAGCAGGGCCAGAUGUUUGCCCAGGGAUUGGGCCUCUGGGGUGGGGGAGGCAGGGUGGAUGAGGGUCUGGGGAUGGGUGGGUCCUCUAUCAUGGAGAUACAGAGCGACUGGUACGGAGAGGACACAGGUGAUGGCUUGUUAGUGCCGGUGAAGCUCCACAAGUGUCCGUUCUGCCCGUACACCGCCAAGCAGAAGGGCAUCCUGAAGAGACACAUCCGCUGUCACACUGGAGAGAGACCCUUCCCCUGUGAGACGUGUGGCAAGAGGUUCACCAGGCAGGAACACCUCCGCAGUCACUCACUCAGCGUGCACCGUUCCAGUUGGCCCGUGGUUUGUAAGGGGUGCAGACGAAGCUUCACUGGAGCCCUGUCCCACGGACUGAAACGCUUUGGCCUGUGUGACAACUGUACCUGUGUUACGACCACGGGCCACGAAGACUCACCUCCCGCCCACAUCAACCUCGACGGCCAACCAGAGGCCAUGGAACGCGGGGACGGAGACAGUGAUUGGCCCAGGUUCAGGGAUGAUGCUGAUGACAUGGAGGCCGGGGGAGGGAUUAUAGAGGACCUGGGGGAGAAGGGGAAACCACACGGACGACUGUCAGAGAUCCCAUCCACAGUGGACAUGAAGGAGAGGAGACAAGGAAAGGAAGAAUUUAACUCUCAGACACAGUUUUAGUCCUAUCUUGCAGUCUUCCUCCCCCAGUGGUUUAAUUAGGGGAACAAUCCAAGACUGAGACAGAGGUCCAUGUUAACUUUGUCUUGGCUACUAUUUUCUACCAAAAUAACUGUGGAACAGAAUCAGAACUGCAUGACCAUAAGAGGACUGGGUUUUCCCUAGGAGAAAGACGUUGUGUUGUCCCUAGGAGAAAGACGUUGUGUUGUCCCUAGGAGAAAGACGUUGUGUUGUCCCUAGGAGAAAGACGUUGUGUUGUCCCUAGGAGAAAGACGUUGUGUUUUCCCUAGGAGAAAGACGUUGUGUUGUCCCUAGGAGAAAGACGUUGUGUUGUCCCUAGGAGAAAGACGUUGUGUUGUCCCUAGGAGAAAGACGUUGUGUUGUCCCUAGGAGAAAGACGUUGUGUUGUCCCUAGGAGAAAGACGUUGUGUUUUCCCUAGGAGAAAGACGUUGUGUUGUCCCUAGGAGAAAGACGUUGUGUUGUCCCUAGGAGAAAGACGUUGUGUUGUCCCUAGGAGAAAGACGUUGUGUUGUCCCUAGGAGAAAGACGUUGUGUUGUCCCUAGGAGAAAGACGUUGUGUUGUCCCUAGGAGAAAGACGUUGUGUUGUCCCUAGGAGAAAGACGUUGUGUUGUCCCUAGGAGAAAGACGUUGUGUUGUCCCUAGGAGAAAGACGUUGUGUUGUCCCUAGGAGAAAGACAUUGUGUUGUCCCUAGGAGAAAGACAUUGUGUUGUCCCUAGGAGAAAGACGUUGUGUUGUCCCUAGGAGAAAGACGUUGUGUUGUCCCUAGGAGAAAGACGUUGUGUUGUCCCUAGGAGAAAGACGUUGUGUUGUCCCUAGGAGAAAGACGUUGUGUUGUCCCUAGGAGAAAGACGUUGUGUUGUCCCUAGGAGAAAGACGUUGUGUUGUCCCUAGGAGAAAGACGUUGUGUUGUCCCUAGGAGAAAGACGUUGUGUUGUCCCUAGGAGAAAGACGUUGUGUUGUCCCUAGGAGAAAGACAUUGUGUUGUCCCUAGGAGAAAGACAUUGUGUUGUCCCUAGGAGAAAGACAUUGUGUUGUCCCUAGGAGAAAGACAUUGUGUUGUCCCUAGGAGAAAGACAUUGUGUUGUCCCUAGGAGAAAGACGUUGUGUUGUCCCUAGGAGAAAGACGUUGUGUUGACCCUAGGAGAAAGACAUUGUGUUGUCACUAGGAGAAAGACAUUGUGUUGAGCCUAGGAGAAAGACAUUGUAUUGACCCUAGGAGAAAGACAUUGUGUUGACCCUAGGAGAAAGACAUUGUGUUGUCCCUAGGAGAAAGACAUUGUGUUGUCCCUAGGAGAAAGACAUUGUGUUGUCCCUAGGAGAAAGACGUUGUGUUGUCCCUAGGAGAAAGACGUUGUGUUGUCACUAGGAGAAAGACGUUGUGUUGUCUCUAGGAGAAAGACGUUGUGUUGUCCCUAGGAGAAAGACAUUGUGUUGUCCCUAGGAGAAAGACAUUGUGUUGUCCCUAGGAGAAAGACAUUGUGUUGUCCCUAGGAGAAAGACGUUGUGUUGUCCCUAGGAGAAAGACAUUGUGUUGUCCCUAGGAGAAAGACAUUGUGUUGUCCCUAGGAGAAAGACGUUGUGUUGUCCCUAGGAGAAAGACGUUGUGUUGUCACUAGGAGAAAGACGUUGUGUUGUCCCUAGGAGAAAGACAUUGUGUUGUCUCUAGGAGAAAGGCGUUGUGUUGUCCCUAGGAGAAAGACGUUGUGUUGUCCCUAGGAGAAAGACGUUGUGUUGUCCCUAGGAGAAAGACAUUGUGUUGUCUCUAGGAGAAAGACGUUGUGUUGUCCCUAGGAGAAAGGCGUUGUGUUGUCACUAGGAGAAAGAUGUUGCAUUGUCCCUAGGAGAAAGACGUUGUGUUGUCACUAGGAGAAAGAUGUUGCAUUGUCCCUAGGAGAAAGACGUUGUGUUGUCACUAGGAGAAAGAUGUUGCAUUGUCCCUAGGAGAAAGACGUUGUGUUGUCACUAGGAGAAAGAUGUUGCAUUGUCCCUAGGAGAAAGACGUUGUGUUGUCACUAGGAGAAAGAUGUUGCAUUGUCCCUAGGAGAAAGACGUUGUGUUGUCACUAGGAGAAAGAUGUUGCAUUGUCCCUAGGAGAAAGGCGUUGUGUUGUCCCUAGGAGAAAGGCGUUGUGUUGUCCCUAGGAGAAAGAUGUCGUGUUGUCCCUAGGAGAAAGGCGUUGUGUUGUCCCUAGGAGAAAGACAUUGUGUUAUCCCUAGGAGAAAGACAUUGUGUUGUCCCUAGGAGAAAGGCGUUGUGUUGUCCCUAGGAGAAAGACAUUGUGUUGUCCCUAGGAGAAAGACAUUGUGUUAUCCCUAGGAGAAAGGCGUUGUGUUGUCCCUAGGAGAAAGACGUUGUGUUGUCCCUAGGAGAAAGACGUUGUGUUGUCCCUAGGAGAAAGACGUUGUGUUGUCCCUAGGAGAAAGACGUUGUGUUGUCCCUAGGAGAAAGACGUUGUGUUGUCCCUAGGAGAAAGACGUUGUGUUGUCCCUAGGAGAAAGGCGUUGUGUUAUCCCUAGGAGAAAGGCGUUGUGUUGUCCCUAGGAGAAAGGCGUUGUGUUGUCCCUAGGAGAAAGACAUUGUGUUGUCCCUAGGAGAAAGACAUUGUGUUGUCCCUAGGAGAAAGACAUUGUGUUGUCCCUAGGAGAAAGGCGUUGUGUUAUCCCUAGGAGAAAGAUGUCUCUUCUACUUGGUGGCACAAUGCAUCAGGUGAUGAUACGCCAUAGCAGUCUGUUCUCCAUGGAAACAGCAGGUGUCUUGUCCUCAACAGCCUCAUCAACUCCAUGCAACAGCCUCAUCAACUCCAUGCAACAGCCUCAUCAACUCCAUGCAACAGCCUCGUCAACUCCAUGCAACAGCCUCGUCAACUCCAUGCAACAGCCUCAUCAACUCCAUGCAACAGCCUCAUCAACUCCAUGCAACAGCCUCGUCAACUCCAUGCAACAGCCUCAUCAACUCCAUGCAACAGCCUCGUCAACUCCAUGCAACAGUCUCGUCAACUCCAUGCAACAGCCUCAUCAACUCCAUGCAACAGCCUCAUCAACUCCAUGCAACAGCCUCGUCAACUCCAUGCAACAGCCUCAUCAACUCCAUGCAACAGCCUCGUCAACUCCAUGCAACAGCCUCGUCAACUCCAUGCAACAGCCUCAUCAACUCCAUGCAACAGCCUCGUCAACUCCAUGCAACAGCCUCGUCAACUCCAUGUGUCGCGCUGCAUGAGGCAAAAGGUGGUCACUCUAGGUGGGACUGGUUUUCUGAUCCGCGCCCCUACAUUGUUUUUUUUUUUUUUACGGUAUCUGUGACCAACAGACGCAUAUCUUAAAUUCCCAGUCAUGUGAAAA